AUGGUGGAAGUUCAGUUUGGAGUUAAAGUUAAGCAGAUAAGAACAGAUAAUGGGGGAGAGUUUGUUAAUAAAGAAAUGGAAAUGUUGUUGAAGGAUAAUGGAAUAGUACACCAAAGGACCUGUCCUUAUACUCCACAACAAAAUAGUGUUGUGGAGAGAAAACACAGGUCCAUUCUUGAGGUGGCAAGAUCAUUGGCUUUCCAGUGCAAACUGCAAAGAAAUCUUUGGCCUUAUAGUUUGUUAGCAGCAGUACAAAUCAUCAACACAUUACCAAGUGAGAAGCUGAAGUGGAAAUCUCCUUAUGAGCUCUUGCAUGGCAGUGAACCAGCAUAUGGAAUGUUUAAUGUGUUUGGUUGCUUGUGUUAUGCAAGUAGGCUUGGUCCCAACAGGAAGAAAUUUGAUGAGAGGGCCAUGCCUUGUGUGUUUCUGGGAUACAUCUCAGGGACAAAAGGAUACAGAUUGUAUAGUUUGGAAUCUAAGGAAGUGUUUGUUUCCAGAGAUGUUAUAUUCUAUGAAGAAAGGUUUCCUUUCAUAGAUAAAGAAUCUUUGACCCCAGAACAAGAACCACUGGAGCCAGUUGUUGAUGAUUUCACUACAUGUGAGCCUGAACCACAUGUGUUGAACAAUGAAAGGCAUGACCCACCUGCUAAAGAAAAUGUUGCA